AAUGAAUUAAAUCAUCCAUGCUAGUUUGUAAAGAAACGAAUUCUAUAAUAAAAGGUAUAUCAAUAAAUAGACUAAAAAGUUACAUUGAAAAAUAGGUUUCUAAUUAAACUUCGUCAACUGAGAAGUCAUGUUAAAUGGAUACUGAGUUCGAUUGUGAAAUGAAUAAAAAAGUUUAGUCAACUGUAAAUAUAUAAUUUAAAUUUAGUGUGACUCAAGUGUUUAGGGCAACUCCUCACACGAAACAAACUUUAUAAAAUGUGAAAAUACACCUUAAAUACACUAAAAAAUGGAAUCUUUAUGUAUUGACGAAGAAUCUUUCAAUUUGGAUGAAGUUCUUUUUAAUGAAUGUGAUAACUUAAGUCAUAUCUCUGAAAAUGCAAACAUUUGUGAAAAAUGGUAAGAAGAAUCCAUUCAUAGUUUUAUCUAUGAAUAGAAAGUAAAUGAAGAAGAGGAGGAAAGAAAACUAAAAGAAAAUAACUACUUUUACCUUUUAAAACAAAUGGAAGAGACAGUGAAAAUAGAGAGAAUUCCAGAACAUUUAAAAAAUAUAAUAGAAAGUUUAAAAUUUAAAGUUCUUUCUAUUGGACCUUUAAAAUUAUAGUGUUAGGAAGGUCAUCAAUGGGAAGCAAAAUUUGAUGAUCUAACUCAUGACUAUGAAUGUAAAUAAUGCCAUGAUAUGUAAAAUAAUUAUUUAUCAAAGUAAAUAAUCUCAAUAAAAAUCGAAGUUUAAUUAAUAGUCAUAAAAUUAAUAACCUAAAAAACAUGGUAAAUGUAUACUAAAUCCAUAACAUCCAGGAUCUACUAGAUGUAAAGAAUGCAAAUAGUUAUUAAAACAAUAGUUGAAAAAAUAAAAAUAAGAAAAUAUUAGAUAAACGAAUGAUAUGUAAGAAUUCAUUCUAAAAUUAAAGGUAUGAGAAACUUUAAAAUGAAUUAUACAUGAAAGCUGUCAGAUUAUUAUCAUAAGGUAAUACCGCUGAAAAAUAAAAAAUUAUUAGAGCUUUUAGAGAAACUGAAGUGGAAGUGGAUAAAGCUGCAAUGAAUCAUGCUAACCGCUAUUGCGCUAAAUAAGGAAUCAUUUCAUCUGAAUAGCUCUAAUAAAUUAUGGUUGUUUAUAAAAUGCUGCUGCUCCCUGAAGGAGCUUUGAAGAAAUAUGCUUAGAGCCAAUAAAAGGCCAUCUUGAAAUAGGAAUAUAAAACUUAUGCAAAAUCGGUACAUCCGGAUAAGAAUUCUCAUCCUUAAUGUUGUGUAGCAUUUUAAAAACUGAAAAAGUUUUGGGUAGACAUACCCAAAACGGGUAUGAGUAGUGAUAUAAGUUCUUCUUAAUAACAGUGAG